AUGAGCAUGGGCAGGAGGAGACGCUAUGCCAUCAACCCACUUGGUUAUAAGUGGGACCAUGUUAAUCUGACCUAUAAGAUCCUGCAGUUCCCCAGCACGCUGAACAAAGGUGACACAGAGAGAGCCAUUGCCGCUGCCUUCCGCGUGUGGAGCGACGUCUCGCCCCUCAGCUUCCGGCGCCUGCCCCCUGCCCAGCUGGCUGACAUCACCAUAGGCUUCUACAGCUUUAACCACACUGACUGCUGGUUCUCCCCGCGACACCCCUGCUUCGAUGGGCUGAACGGGGAGCUGGCCCAUGCCUUCCUGCCGCCCCGGGGCGAGAUCCAUUUUGACAACCACGAGUUCUGGAUCCUGGGCCGCUCGCACUUCAGCUGGAAACAAGGGGUCUGGCUGAAUGACCUGGUCCAGGUGGCAGCUCACGAGAUCGGCCAUGCCCUGGGCCUGUGGCAUUCGCGGGACGUCCGCGCGCUCAUGCACCCAAACGCUACCUACAGCAGGACUUGGCGCAUCGGCCAGGACGACGUCUGGGCUGUUCAGCGACUGUAUGGCUGCGUGGACGAGAAGCGGCAGUGUGAGCCUUGGGCCCGGCUGGGAUUCUGCACGCGCCGGCGAGCCUUCAUGAAGAGGCACUGCCCCAAAAUCUGCAACUCCUGCUUCGAGCCCCCUGCUGUCUCCUCCUCCCCCUCUGUGCGUUCCCCCCACACUCACACCAAGUACAUCUCCGAAGGGAGAGUCAUAACCUUCCGCUGUGGGCUGAAUUCCUCCAGGCCACACCUGCAAGUCAGCUGGUACAAAGAUGGGGCGCUCCUUUCACGCUCUGUUCCCGGCUUUGAGCUGCUGCCGUGCCAGGAGCUGCACGUUCGUGCCACCGAGUUCAGCGAAGGGCAGUACACGUGCUUGAUCCGCCACGCCAGCAGGAUCCUCCGGGCCAAUUCUUGGCAGAUAAAGCUCAAGGCCAGGAGUCCUUCCCCUCACAAGCAACCAGGGCUCCGAAGGGACAUGCAGGGAAAUGCACGUGCCUGA